AUGUCAGUCUUGCUUCAGCGCCUCAAAUGGAUAAUCAAAGGUUUCAAUAAAUCAGCUGUAAUGAAUGCUAAGAGGUUAGAUGGGCCUGAUGUGAAGCCCUUGCCUGAGAUAACUUUACAUCAGUCAAAGAAGCAGUCAUCUGGAAAGUCUAAUGGCCUUAAGUCUAAUCAUGAAAUGUUUAACGGGCCAGUUUUGGAUGCUGUACAUGAGAUUUCCAUUUACAUUCAUCGAUUUCACAAUCUCGAUUUGUUUCAGCAAGGUUGGUAUCAACUCAAGAUUACGAUAAAGUGGGAGGAUGGUGAUACUAGUUCUUUUGGAACACCAUCAAGAGUUGUACAAUAUGAAGCUCCUGAUUUGGGUUCUGAUGAUAUAUAUGGCGUCUGGAGAAUUGACGACAGUGACCAUAGCUUUUCAACACAACCUUUUCGAAUCAGAUAUGCAAGACAGGAUGUUCUGUUGGCAAUGAUGGUCUCUUUUAAUCUUUCUCCCAAUAAAAUUGAGAGUCCACCCACCUCUUCUGUUACUCUGAGGUUCGAGCUCUUGUACAGUCCUGUGUUGGAGAACAGGUUAAAUCUUCAGACCUGUUUGGAUACAAGCCCUGCUGCAGUCCAUGAAUUUCGAAUUCCCCCCAAAGCUCUUAUGGGGCUGCAUGCAUAUUGUCCUGUUCACUUUGAUGCUUUUCAUUCCGUAUUAGUUGAUACCACUGUACAUGUGAGCCUGUUGAAAAGUGAAGUCUACAAUUCCUCGCUGAAGGUACCCAGUGAGGCUAAAGCUACUGAAGAUGGCAUCAAUGGGGAGAAUGAUAAAUCACAGCAAGCUGUGUUUGUAAAAUCAUUAUCGAGUGCUCGCGACAUACUUCUAGAAGACGUACAAAAGAUUAGCACGGCUAUCAAUGAGCCAAUUGACCCUAAAGAUAUUACUCCUAAUGAAUUGUUCCAUCCAAGUCUACGGUCUAAUCGGCAAAUAGCUGAUUGUGAAGUUUCAAAUCGUGUUUCAAGCAUUGCUUUCAAUAAUACCUUGGAGGAAUCAAACGGUGAAGUUGAUUUCGAUCAAGACGGUUUUUUUCUCAAUGCUAUGUCCAAAGAUGAUAUAUUGAAGUCAUUCGACUUGAUUGGCAAUCAAGUGUUUCACUUGUGGACCACGUUUUUAAACUAUCACAGGGCUAACACAAAGAAGAUCCUUGAACUUCUUCGCAAUCAAUGGGCGGCUGAUCGAAAGGCCGAAUGGUCGAUCUGGAUGGUCUACACUAAAGUUGAGAUGCCACAUCAAUAUAUUAGCAGUGUGGUGGAUGAUUCAUCUAGCCACGGGUCACGUGGCAGAGGAAAUUUGCGCAAGCCAAGCGUCGAUCCUGUACAGACUGCUACCAUGCGAGCCGAGCUUCAUAGGCGAAGUAUUGCACAGAUGAGGAUGAACAAUCGUUCUAUUCAAGACUUGCAAAUAUUCGGGGACCCAUCACGCAUACCCAUUGUAGUCGUAGAACGUGUUGUUAAUGCACCCGUUCGUUCGACCAGUGGAAAUUCUUACUUUACCCAAAGGGACCAAAAAGAUAUUGAUGCCUUAAUAGCUGGGGUCGAAGCUAACCUGCCAAACAAGUUGCCGGUCACCACUCGCCAAAAUGGCUGUGUUCUAAAGAUUGUUGUUUUUGUCCAUGGAUUCCAGGGUCAUCAUCUAGACUUAAGACUCAUACGAAAUCAGUGGCUUCUGAUAGACCCAAAGGUGGAAUUUUUAAUGUCUGAGGCCAAUGAGGAUAAGACAUCUGGCGAUUUUAGAGAAAUGGGAGAAAGACUAGCAUUAGAAGUUGUAUCUUUUAUCAAAAAGAAAAUGGAUAAAGCAUCGAGAACUGGGAUCUUGACCACAAUUAAGCUUAGCUUUGUUGGACAUUCCAUUGGAAAUAUCAUACUGAGAACUGCACUUACAGAUAGCAUUAUGGAACCUUACCUGAGAUACCUUCAUACAUAUAUCUCUGUCUCUGGCCCACAUCUCGGUUAUCUUUACAGUUCGAACUCUUUGUUUAAUGGGGGUUUGUGGCUCUUGAAGAAACUCAAAGGAACACAGUGCAUUCACCAGUUGACUUUUACAGAUGAUCCCGAUUUGCAAAAUACUUUUUUGUACAAACUGUGUAAGCAAAAGACACUGGAGCAUUUCCAAAACAUUAUUUUGUUGUCUUCACCUCAGGACGGUUAUGUCCCAUACCACUCGGCCAGAAUCGAGACGUGCCCAGCAUCUUCUGGAGACUUCUCCAAAAAGGGCAAAGUCUUUCUAGAAAUGCUCAACGAUUGCUUGGACCAAAUCCGAGCCCCAUCCUCCGAGCAUCGGGUUUUCAUGCGAUGUGAUGUUAAUUUCGACAUCUCCUUACACGGCAGAAACCUCAACACUAUUAUCGGUCGAGCAGCCCACAUCGAGUUCCUUGAGGCCGAUAGCUUCGCCAAAUUCAUCAUGUGGUCCUUCCCGGACUUAUUCCGUUGA